CAAUCAGGUUUAGUUAUGCUCAACCCCAACUUACCAUAUGUUGACAGUAUUUUUAAUCUCAUUUUUAGGAGGAAAGAAAGUAGUUUCUGUUUUUACGGGCGCAAAACCAAACUAGGAUUUACAAUCACUCUCCAGUUCACACGGAUUCUUUCUAUUUUUUCUCUGCGCAAAACAAAGGUUUUUAAAGUCAUGAGACUGCAGCAUAUAGCAAGUAUUCUGAACGGUUGCUUAGAAUGUAUUUUAUUUGGCGGCGUCAUUUUCGGUUGGCCUUCUCUGGAAUAUAUUUUAAAACAUGAAGGAUAUUUCACCUGCUUAUGUGAAAAGAACUCCACUCUGUCGGAAGCAACAACCGAACAAUGUGACGAAAGUUACAAAAUGUUUAAUUUGGUUUUUACGAUAGCGCUUGCCCUAUCUCAAACCAUUUUACCUUUCGGCGGAUACGUGUUUGAUCGAUUUGGUACGUGGACACAUCGCGGGGUUGCUGUCCUCUUACUUACAGCGGCCGCUACCUGCCUUGCUUUGUCGACCGUGGAUACAUCUAUCUUACUCUUCCCAUCAAUGCUUGUAUUCGCCAUCAGUGGAUUCAGCGUUUUAAUGUCCAAUAUUCAGCUCGGAAACUUAGCAGGCAAAGCGCGGGCAUCAAUCAUCACAUUACUGAACGGUUCUUUUGAUUCUGGGACAUUUGUGUUUCUUAUGUUUAAGAUAGCUCAUGAUUUAGGUCUAGAUUGGAAACUAAUGGCAAAGGCAUAUGCGGUGUUUACUAUCCUCCCGUGGAUUUCAACCUUUAUUCUAAUGCCAAGGAAACGGUUUGCAAGCCCAUCAAAUACCAACGAUUCUGACAUUCCCGCAUACGGCGUUUUUGAAAUCAAGACUUUCCUCAAAGAAAUAUUUCAAUCAAAACCAAGAGUUGCGAAUCAAGCCGAAGACGGUAAUGAAGAAACUAACAAAUUCGAACAAAAACUGGCGACGAAAAUCGAUCAAGUUUCAGAAGAGGCUGUUCGGGACACAUCGGAAAUAAGUUUAAAACAAUGUUUAAAGUCGCCCAUGUUUUGGUCAGGGCAAUUCUACUUUUGCCUUCUUAACCUACGAAUUAUAUUUUUCCUCGGGAGUUUUUCAACUUGGCUUGCAAGUUUUCAAAGCGAUGCAAACGUCAGUAGACUGACUGACAUAUUCAGCAUUCUUCUUGUACUUGCAAUAUUCGUUUCCCCUGCGAACGGCUUAAUCACGGAUGGUACAGUUUACUUUUCUGAAAAACGAGGCUGCAGUAAACUCAAAUCAACUUGGAACGGUUUAUUCGCUUCAACUUUCGCCACAAGCUUGCUGGCUGUUUUAUUUUCAAUCACAGUUGCCUUUAAACAGACGUAUGCAUCAUUUGUUCUUUUGGUCAUCACGCGAUCGUUCGUUUAUGCAAGUAAUACAGCGUUCGUGUCAAUUGCUUUUCCAUCCGGACAUUUUGGCAAGCUAUAUGGCAUCAACAACUUAAUCGCUGGGAUAUCCGGUUUUCUGCAAUAUGGACUUUUUUCUAUCGGUAUCGCAGUAGACCGAAAUUUCAGAAUUACUAAUUUUGUCAUGAUCCUCAUGUCCGCUUGUACUUUUGUACAUUCUGUUAUGGUGUACAGAAAGUCUCGUAAAACUCCAUAACAACACAUGUGCUGCCAAAUACCAUCGAAUGAAAUGUACUUUGCACCUAAGGCAGAGUUACUGAGAUGAGUUGUGUUUUAUGUUUUACUGUUUUACUGUUUUUAAAAUCCUUGUUUAUUUUAUCGAUUUUUGUGAUACAUUUUGAUGUUUUUAUGACAAGUCAACCGACUGUAUGAAUAAAAAUAAAAAAGAACCAUUAAAAUUUACUUUUAUCGUUAAGGCACAUAUACUGGUUUAAAAAGACAACGGGCGUUUUGUGCCGUCGCAGAACUUUAGAUCUUUAGCACUACAAGCGGAUGCUUUUUUAAUCCAUCAUUAUACGUGGGUGGCGCACGAGAGGCAAAUCUUUGUCUUGCAAAUUCAGGUCGGGCAGUAUAUGGCAAAAUAUAUGACUAUGUCAAAUGACAUAUUAAGGGCGGGUAUACGU